UUAUGGAGAGCUCAGAGAUAGUAACUUCCUUGGGCCCCUUGGUUCGCUACUUUGAAGUCUCUCUCCUCUGUCUCUCUUUCUCUGCAACAAAAAUGGCAGAAUCUAAAGCUGGUAAUACCAAUAAUGCAGCUUGUGGACCACCGGAGAUGUUUAAGUCGCCGGAAAAACGCCCUACCAACAAAUAUGCUCUUGGCUGCGCCACCUUAGCUUCCAUGACUUCAGUUCUAUUGGGCUAUGAUAUUGGCGUGAUGAGUGGAGCAGCACUUUUCAUCAAAGAUGACCUCCAUGUAACUGAUACGCAAAUCGAAAUCCUACUUGGAAUCAUCAAUAUCUACUCUUUAAUUGGAUCAGCAGCGGCUGGAAGAACAUCAGAUUGGAUCGGACGCCGCUUCACCAUCGUCUUCGCCGCCGUAAUCUUCUUCGUCGGAGCUUUAUUGAUGGGUCUCGCCACCAAUUACGCCUUCCUCAUGGUUGGACGUUUCGUGGCUGGUGUAGGCAUUGGCUAUGCUCUCAUGAUUGCCCCUGUCUAUACGGCCGAGGUGUCACCCGCUUCGUGUCGAGGCUUCUUAACUUCCUUCCCGGAAGUUUUCAUUAACGCCGGAAUCUUACUGGGUUACGUCUCCAAUUUCGCCUUCGCUGGGCUUUCGCAACACCUGGGCUGGCGUCUCAUGCUCGGAGUCGGAGCACUUCCAGCGGUGUUCUUGGGAGUCGGUGUUCUCGCCAUGCCUGAGUCACCGCGUUGGCUUGUUAUGCAGGGUCGACUCGGAGACGCUAUCCGAGUUCUUGACAAGACGUCUGAUUCCAAAGAGGAGGCCCAGAUGCGACUCGCCGACAUCAAAGAAGCUGCGCGGAUACCGCCGGAGUGUACAGAAGAGAUCGUGCCGGUACCGGAACGGAGCAAAGGUGAAGGUGUAUGGAAAGAGUUACUACUUCAUCCUACACCGGCUGUGCGACGUGUCUUAAUCGCAGGCAUCGGUAUUCAUUUCUUCCAACAAGCUUCGGGGAUUGAUGCUGUGGUGUUGUACAGCCCACGGAUCUUCGAGAAGGCCGGGAUCACCAACAAGGACAAGAAGCUUGGAGCGACUGUAGCCGUUGGAUUCGUGAAGACGGUCUUCAUCUUGGUGGCCACCUUCUUCUUAGACAAGUUCGGACGGCGACCGUUGCUUUUGUGCAGCGUGGGAGGGAUGAUCCUAUCAUUGGGGUUUCUCGGGUUCGGGUUGACGAUGGUGGAUAGCAAUCCGGAUGAGAAACUGUUGUGGGCCCUAGUGUUGUGUAUAGUGAUGGUGAUGGCUUACGUGGCUUUUUUCUCGAUAGGGUUGGGGCCCAUCACGUGGGUGUACAGCUCGGAGAUAUUUCCUUUAAGGUUGAGAGCACAAGGCUGUAGCAUGGGAGUGGCGGUGAACCGUGUCACGAGCGGCGUGAUAUCUAUGACUUUUAUAUCUCUGUAUAAGGCCAUCACCAUUGGUGGCAGCUUCUUCCUAUUUGCAGGAGUAGCUUUGAUGGCAUGGGCUUUCUUCUUUACAUUCUUGCCAGAGACACAAGGGAAGCAUCUAGAAGAAAUGGAUGAUCUGUUUGGCUUGUUUAACUGGAGAGAUUCCAUCCACAAGAAGGGCAGCAAUAGAGGCGGCAAAGAGGCUAAGACCACUAAUGGUGACGUCCAGUUGGGUAACAAGGCUUAGGUAAUUACUUAGUGGGAGAGGGCUUUUUGGAAUGUACUGUGGUCCUUUUUCAGCAUGGGGGCGAAUGAAAGCAUCAACUUAGACAGGAUUGAAUUUCCACCUUUCAUGAGAGGGUAGAUCUGCAAUUUCAUCCCCCAUCUCCGUGCAAGUGCAAUGCAGUCUUUUUUUACUCCUUCAGCCUUUUUAGUACUUAUGUUUGCCUACGAAGGGUUACAAUAUACUCUGAUGUAGUUAAUUACCCUUCUAUCCUUCCAUUUGUCUUUUUCACCCUUUUGAAUUUUUCAAAAAGUGGAGGUUUAAAAGGGAAAAAAAGAAAAUUUUGUGAGGUGAAAGGGUGAAAUAGAUAUAUGUAUGCUUUUGAAAUAGAAAUCCAUUAUCCAUGGCUUCAUGAAAUGUCGGAAAUAAAAAUUAGGGGCAAAGUUUUCUAUCUA